CGUCACGCUUGUUAUCUAGCAACAGUUUUAGUUAACCUAACAGACUAAAACACACACACGACCGUGGACAAAACGCUAAAAAGAUGUUCAAAAAUACUUUUCAGAGCGGAUUCUUGUCUAUCUUAUACAGCAUCGGCAGCAAACCGCUCCAGAUUUGGGAUAAAAAGGUGAAGAAUGGUCACAUCAAGAGAAUCACGGACAAUGACAUCCACUCCCUGGUGUUGGAGGUGGAGGGGGCAAACGUCAGUACCACGUAUAUAACAUGUCCCGCAGAUCCCAAGAAGACAUUGGGCAUCAAGCUUCCUUUUCUUGUUAUGAUAAUCAAGAAUCUCAAGAAAUAUUUCACCUUUGAAGUCCAGGUGUUAGAUGAUAAAAACGUUCGGCGGCGGUUUCGGGCAAGCAACUACCAAAGCACGACACGAGUGAAGCCGUUCAUCUGCACCAUGCCUAUGAGGCUGGACGAUGGCUGGAACCAAAUCCAGUUUAACCUGUCGGACUUCACCAGGAGGGCCUACGGGACAAAUUACAUCGAGACGCUGCGUGUACAGAUCCACGCCAACUGUAGAAUACGCAGAGUUUAUUUCUCAGACCGACUGUACUCAGAGGACGAGCUCCCUGCCGAGUUUAAACUCUACCUGCCUGUCCAGAACCAGAAAGCAAAGGUGAAACGUCACACACACACACACAGCAUAUAACUGCACAAUUAAUAGGGGAAUGAAUCUUUUGGUAUCUCAUGAUUCAAUUCAAUUUCUAUUCUUGGGGUCAUGAUUCAAAACAAUUCCAGAUUCAACAUCAAUCCUCAAUUCAGUAUGUUGGGUGCUAAUUUCAGGAUCCACUGUGCGCUACUGUGGAAAUGUUACACUAACGUUAUUGAAGUAAAAUAUAGAAUACACAUUACAGUGAUGUUACUUAUGGAUUUUUAGAAGUUUGCCUAACACUCGUUUGUUUCUUACAGCAGUAGAGAUGCUGGUCCUGCUCUAUUCCACCAGACCUGUCAUGGAGUUUAACUAUAUUAUUUUCUGUGUUUAUUAGUAUGACUUUGUAAUUUGUAAGUUUUGAGUGCCGUCUUCUGUUGCUUUCUGCAAAAUAAAGUUUUUUAUGGACUAUUA